AUGAAGCAGCUGAUGGAGGAACUGCAGAGUGAGUCAUUCUGGAGAGCUCUGACUGCUGAAUUCCUGGGUACUGCAGUCUUCGUCUUCUCCAGUUUGGCCUGUGCUUUGAGCUGGGCAGUAGGCAGCCCUGGCACUCUGCAGGUAGCUCUGGGCUUUGGUCUGGGAGUAACAGCUGUCUCUGUUUUCACACAAGGCGUGAGUGGGGGUCAUCUCAAUCCUGCCGUGAGCCUAGCCCUGCUCCUCAGUCUGCGCAUCAGUCCGCUCCGAGCUCUGCUCUACAUGACUAUGCAAGCACUGGGGGCGAUCGCAGCCUGCGCCGUGCUGUAUGUGCUCACACCUCAGGACAUCCACGGGGAGCUGGGACUCAAUAAGCCUUCUCCAGGAGUUACACAGAGCCAGGCCCUGGGAGUUGAAAUCAUUGUCACCUUCCAGCUUGUCAUGUGUGUAUUCACCAUCUCACACAAGGAAAGCAACUUCGAAGGGUCUGCACACAUGGCUCUUGGAGCAUCCGUAACCCUUGGACAUUUGGUGGCAAUUGGAUUUACUGGAUGCAGCAUGAAUCCUGCUCGAUCCUUGGGGCCAGCUGUCAUUACAACAAAUUUCAACCAUCAUUGGGAGCUUCGGACAGCUUUGACAAUUGAUGUUAACAAAUCUGUUGACAGUUCCAAUAAACUUGUCUCCGCAAAAAUGGGAAGUGGCGUGUUCAGGGGCGGGACUUACGAUUUUCAGGCAUUUCCACUAUUUUCAUCAUAA